CCGGUUUUCAUGUUUUUACAGUAAAAUUAUUCUGAGAGGUAGAAAUGAAUGCUUUUUAACCAAAAUAUUUUUAUUUAUUUAUAUUCAGAGAAUAUAAGGCGAUCGACUCAAAAGACGAAAGGACCUGUCAGUUUGAGGAUCAUGACCAACCGUCGCUACGUAAUAGGCGGCCAACAACUAUACCAAGGGAAGCCACAUCGAUAAUGUCUUCGGUUGGUACACCUCUACCUAGGCCACCUUCAUCUACGUCAGCAGCACCCAGACCUGCUCCUAUGCCACAUACACCCACAGCAAUAGCCCCUUCACCCAAGACAAUAGAUCCUUCACCCACGACAAUAGCACCAACAACCCCGAUAAGGGGACCUACACCGACGCCAAAGACUCCUACACUUCCGGCUAUGCCACCUACAUCCGUGUCAAGAGCACCUACAUCACCUCCGGCUACGCCACCUACAUCCGUGCCAAGAGCACCUACAUCCCCGGCUACGCCACCAACAUCCGCGCCAAGAGCACCUACACCUCCGGCUACGCCACCUGCAUCCAAGCCAAGAGCACCUACACCUCCGGCUACGCCUACUACAUCCACGUCAAGACCACCUACACCUCCGGCUACGCCACCUACAUCCACGCCAAGAGCACCUACACCUCCGGCUACGCCACCUACAUCCAAGCCAAGAGCACCUACACCUCCGGCUACGCCACCUACAUCCAAGCCAAGAGCACCUACACCUCCGGCUACGCCUACUACAUCCACGCCAAGAGCACCUACACCUCCGGCUACGCCACCUACAUCCACGUCAAGAGCACCUACAUCCACUCCAAGAGCACCUACACCUCCGGCUACGCCACCUACAUCCAUGCUAAGAGCACCUACACCUCCGGCUACGCCACCUACAUCCAAGCCAAGAGCACCUACACCUCCGGCUACGCCACCUACAUCCACGCCAAGAGCACCUACACCUCCGGCUACGCCACCUACAUCCACGCCAAGAGCACCUACACCUCCGGCUACGCCACCUACAUCCACGCCAAGAGCACCUACACCUCCGGCUACGCCACCUACAUCCACGCCAAGAGCACCUACACCUCCGGCUACGCCACCUACAUCCGAGCCAAGAGCUCCUUCACCUCCGGCUUCGCCUCCUACAUCCACGCCAAGAGCACCUACACCUCCGGCUACGCCACCUACAUCCACACAAAGAACACCUACAUCUACACCAAGAGCUCCUACACCUCCGGGUACGCUACCUACAACCACGCCAAGAGCACCUACACCUCCGGCUACGCCAUCUACAUCCACGCCAAAAGCACCUACAACUCCGGAUUUGCCACAUAUAUCCACGCCAAGAGCUCCUACAUCUGAGCCAAGAGCUCCUUCACCUCCGGCUACACCUUCUACAUCCACGCCAAGAGAACCUACAUCUUCAGCUACGCCACCUACAUCCACGCAAAGAGCACCUACAUCUACACCAAGAGCUCCUACACCUCCGGGUACGCUACCUACAUCCAAGCCAAGAGCACCUACACCUCCGGCUACGCCACCUACAUCUACGCCAAGAGCACUCACAACAACGCCAAGUUCUCCUACGCCUCCGGCUACGCCACCUACAUCCACGCCAAGAGCACCUACACCCACGCAAAGGGCUCCUACACCCACGGCUAUGCCACCUAUAUCCACGCAAAGAGCACCUACACCCACACCAAAGAUUCCUACACCUCUGGCUACGCCACUUACACCCACACCAAGAGCGCCUACACGUCCGGCUAGGGCUCCUUCACCACCGCCUGUGACACCCAUACAACAACAAGCGGACAUGGCGCAGCAACUGGCAAAGGAACAAGCUGGUGCGAUGACGCAUGAGAAACAUUUAAAGAACAACAAAUACCGACAGUGGGUCAAGGCUGGCUUAGGCUUAGGUUAUCUAAAAGAGGGACUUGCACAGUUUUGUGAUGACAUAGGAAAACAGCAACAUGAAGAUAUUAUAAAAUAUAUUCAACAAACAAAGAAUCCGAAGCCAAAUGUAGCAUGUGGCGUCUGUAAGAUAACAACUCUCCAGCCAGACCACGUCCGAGUCUCAAAAGGGAAAUGUCCCUUGGGGCAAGAUAAAUGUAACUGUUGCUUUCCAAAUAAUAAGAAACCCUGUCCAAACAACGUAUGUGGUGCCAUCUACGACAACAUUAUACGGAAUCAUGCAUCAAAUCCACCAGCACCUUUUUGGAAAAACAGUGAUGCAGCUAUUUGGUCCACUGACAAAUGGAGCAUUUGUAAAUGCUUUAUAAAUGCUCCUGGUUACAAUGACAAAGCAUCGGCAUUUGACACGGACUGUUCAGGGUUACUCCAUGUUAUAAUAAAUAACAAAUAUUUUCACAAUCAUAUUGGAUGCAAUGUUACAGCACCAAACAAUCUUUUUUUAGAGGUCCGACAUUAUCGCAAUAAGAUUUUUCACUCAAGCAAUAUGGAGUUAGAAGAAACGGAGGCUAAUUCCUACAUUUGUGAUAUGAUAUCCGUUCUACAAGAUAGUAAGGAGCUUGUGCAUCACCCAGCUUCACAACAAGCUGUCCGUAAACUUCAAGAUGUAAGUGCAAAUAAUUAAUUCUUUGAAUAAGUAAGUUGAA